AUGGCUUCGUCAUUUGUGCAAGUCCCAAUGCCCUUGCCGGGAGCGCGCGAGGCCCCUGAGUUCAAGGGCAAACGUUUAUCUGAGUUCAUUGAUACACUGGAAGCGAUGGCGAAGGCUGCUGGGGUUGAUAAGGCAGACCUUCCCAAUCAUGUUAUGCGCUACUGUUCAAGCGAGGUUCGCAGAACGCUGAAGCAUGAGACGGCGUUCAGCUCCACGGCUAGGGAUUGGGACAAGGCGAAAGAGCGCCUUGGGUAUUUUUAUUCAUCUUCGGAUGGAAGGCAGCGGAGAUCGGCAGAUGGGCUUAGACGCUUCUCAAAGCGGGCCAGUGCCGAAGAGAUGGUCAGGUCUCGGCGGACUCUUGACAAGUAUAUCUGCGGGUUCAACCGUAAAGCGGGUGACCUAGUAGAUAAGAAGCUUAUCACAGAGGAGGAGCGUGACGCUUUGUUUUACAAGGGUCUGCCGGAGACGUUGCGAGAGCAGAUCAAAGGCAACCUAGAGAAAGACUUGGGACGUCAGUUGACCCUAUCCGCGCCUCCGCCGAUUGACAAUGUGGUCGACGAGGCGAGGAAGCGGUACAAUGUCCAUGACAUAGACUAUGAAUCAGAUGAUUCAGAGUCAGAGCGAGGCAAAAAGAAAAAGAAGCGUUCUAAGAGGAAGAACGCAGCGCAGACAUCGUCAUCGAGUUCGGAUUCGGACAGUUCUGGGGAUGGAGAGUGCAAGAAGAGGAGAUCUCGUCGAAAGCGAUGGAGUUCUUCAUCUUCAGAUUCGGGGUCUGAGAGCUCAGAUGACGAUGGCUGGCAGAAACGCCAUGAGAAGAGGAAGGGUAAAAAGGGCGAGAAGAGCAAAAGGAAGGCGAGGCAGAGUUCCGAUGCCGAGGCAGAGAAAUCCUCUGUCGCCGAGCUAAAGGAGCAAAUGCGACAGCUUAGAAUAGCUGUCGCACAGUCCGCUUCUAUGGGGACAGCUCCUGUUGGGCAAGCCUCAGCUUCAGAGCGAGGACAGUUACGUGAUCAGUAUGAAUAUGGACAAGCGAAAGCUUGCUAUAUGUGCAGAAAGGUUGAAGGGGUCGAUUUGGAUCAUCCGUUAUCCAUGCGGAAAUGCCCGGAGACGGUGGCAUUGAUUCUCGAAGGGCUUCUCAAAUAUUCUGCAGAAGGAAGAAUCAUCCGCUGUGAUGGUACUGGUCUUCCUCGAUUCCCUGGCAAAGGGGGAAUUGCGUCUCUCAUUCAGCUUGAAAUGCGUUCGCGUGGAAAGGAUCGUGAGCGUGAUCUGCCGCCGCAUCAGUCUGGUGUUUGUCAGGUGGUUGGGUUGAUGCAAGAGGGUCGGAAUGUGAUCCAGGGCAGUGUGUUUGCAGUCGCGGCAGAGGACGUGUAUGCCUUCCCGGUCACGACUCGAUCCAAGGCGAAAGCCACGGUCGAAUCUGAUCAGGAGGACGAGAUUCAGAGAUCCGUCCGUUUUGAAUUUGAGCACGAGGGUGCGGAUGAUACGACGCACAAGGACGGUCAUCCAGAAUCUAUUAAAGUUCAGCAGCCUGCAGACCCUACAAGGUUCACCAGGAUGCGGAAUGGAUCUGACUCGGGGAAAAAGCGGGUAUCAUUCGUGCCUCACCCCAGCAAUACGGAAGCAGGGUGGAGACAAGCGGAGAAGGCUAGAACUGACGAGAAGAAGUUGGGCGAGAUAAAUGAGCGGUACGGACCUAAAGGGUCUGGGCAUCGUUUCACCUCGCAGAUCCAGGAUAGCGUGUCUAUGGAGGAGGUCCAGAUGCGUUUGUUGGAUACAGAGGUGUCACUACCUCUACGAGCUCUAUUAGGAGUAUCCCCGGAGUUACAGAAGCGUAUGACAGGGCUCACGCGUCUGCGUCGGGAAGCAUCUAUCCGUGCAGCGGAAGGCGAGGUUCUGGAAGAGAUCAUGACACCAGGGACUCGGACAUCCAAGGUCAAACUAGAAGACGAGCUGGAGGAACAAGAUCGAGCGGAAGCUGAAAACGAGGGAGGCUACCCAUCGGGGGCGGCAUACCUAACGUGCGCAACCACGGAGGAAGCAAUGCAUAUUCUUGACCGAUAUGCGAGCGCGAUCGUGGUGGAACCCAAGCGUUACUUCGCGAUGGCUUGUGGAACGGUCCAGGGGAAGUUCGGGACAGAAGACUGUACGUUCUUGGUCGACUCGGGAUCCGAACUGAAUUUGAUCACCCAACGGGUAUAUGACCGAGCGGGAGUCGAGCUUGAUUCCGAUGGCUCUCGCUGGUCACUCAAAGGGAUCAGUGGAGAACCAGUCCGUCUUCUUGGAUGCUGCAGAGAUGUGUCUGUCGAGAUCGGGGGAGAGCGCUUCAACCAUCACUUCUUUGUCGGGCUACAGGAGUAUGGCAGCCAUGAUGGCAUACUGGGGCAGCCCUGGCUCCAAUGGUUCUCGGCGCACAUUGAGUAUCAACGCGGCGGAUCUGUCAAACUCGUCGCAUACCCCUUUGGCGAUUCCACUCGAAAACCAGUCAAAGCUCAGGUCGUCGGAAUCUCACACCAGCGCAAUACAGACCGGCUCGUCAUGGCGUCUACCUUGGGCGUUGGCGAGGGAGCUGGUUUCUGA